AUGUCCCGCCUGGGAGGCAAUGAGAAGAAAGUGAUUAUGGCAGACGUCGAGCCAGGAGACAAGACUGGAGUUUACUAUAUGCCAAUAUGCAAUUUGCCGUUUGGCACAUCAUGGCAAGACUUCAAAGACUGGCUGCGUGUUGACUGCGAAGUUGACCACGUCGAGCUGUUUCAGUCAAGCACAUCCGGCUGGAUACGACUUCGCGGCGAAGAUAACUUCAACAAAGCGUGGUCUCGCCUCAAGAAGGAAUACUUCCGCAACCGAGCAAUCAUUGCUUCUGACAAGAACAGAACCGAAUCCAUCAAGAUUAAAGAACUCGUCGAUUCCAGAGUCGCUCAAUUCAGCACCUCGGCCCGUUGGGAUAUAGCGGCGGGACAAUCGCGCAGCCCCGAGACGGCUCUGCCUCCGUCGAGGAGUUGCAUGCAGGAAGCAGUGUCUCUGACCAGUCCGCUGGGUAUGGAUCAUGAGUUUGGUCGACUACCUCCAUCGAUCAGUUGUCCAGCAGGGCCGGUCACAGCGAUAGCAUACGGUGGAAUGCCAGUUCUAGCCCCCUAUACAACCAUGGCAGAAUCUUACAAUGCCAUUGCCGCCAUGAGAAACCACACGUUGACCUACGCACCAGGCUUUUGCUACUACGAACCACCAGUAGAGACGGGUCUCAUGCCUGCUGGACAUUACAGCGGCUCCUCACAAUACGGAGGAUCGCAGUCACAAGAUUCGCAGUAUGGAAGCUCGCACCAGUCGCACGCAUCAAUUCACUAUCGAAGUACUGCUGGGACCCCAAGUCAUGUUCCUCUCAUGGGCGUGGGACUAAAAUUGAGCGAUUCGGAUCAGAGACUGGGCUAUACGGCUGACGAACCUUGCAAAGUGGUGAUUACAUCGAUACAACAUAAAGCGCGACAGAGCGACGUAGCAAACUGGAUCCGUCACCAAAUAGGUGAAUACUCAUCGGCAAUAACUGGCAUGGAUAUUCCCUUGGUCGAGCCCAAAGGACGAAUACGAGGGCAUGCGUUCCUGACCCUGAUGAAUCCAACGGCCGCCGAAGCAACCGUCCGUAUCCUGGACCAAAAGCUCUUCCAAGGGCGCGUGGUAUCAGCCAGACUAACAACGGACAUCACGACCGACGCAGAACGAAUCAAGCUAUCAAAGGACUCAAGGCCAAGACACCACCGCCACGAACAAUUCAAAGAAGCGAGCAGGCCAACACGACAGGUCGACCAAAUUAAAAUGCCAAGAGACGAUCCUAAGUCCUCGAAAGCCUCAAGUCGCGCAUCUACUUCUUCCCCCUCGCCGUCCACCCAACAAAAACAACCCAGCAAACCCCCCGAAGAGACAAUCAAACCCGCUGGGCCAGUCAUCGCCCAUGGAUCAUCGACUCGGAAGCCAGACAAGAAGUAA